CCCGCAUAUAUAUAUAGAAUAUCUCGUACAACAUGUCUUGGCAAGCAUACGUCGAUACUAACCUAGUUGGAACUGGUCACAUUUCCAAGGCCGCUAUCCACGGUUUGGAUGGUAACCCCUGGGCCUCGUCAUCGGGCUUCACAGUAACACCUGCCGAGGCUGCAGCGCUUAUUGCCGGUUGUGCUGACCCCACUCCCAUGUAUAGUGGAAUUUACAUAGCCGGAAAGAAGUAUAUGUUCUUAAGAAACGAGCCCGAUCGCUCGGUAUACGGCAAGGAGGGUUCAGACAAUGGUUGUUUUGUCAUUAAGACUGGACAGUGUGUCCUUAUUGCGGUGUACGAGGGCUCAAACAUCCAGCCCCGCCAAGCCGCCACGGUUGUGGAGAAGCUUGCAGACUACCUGAUCGAGGUCGGUUAUUAAAUAAUGCAGCUAAAGAGUUGAACUGCCUGUCUGCACGGAUAUCCGCUUCGAUAUGUGUUUGUAACAUUGCAUAAUAAGGUGCUGGAACCCGGAAUAAAUUAUUUCAUUUUAUCAUAUAUGCUUCUAUUCUUUAUAUGAUACGUUUUUCUAUAAGUAAUAUCGUUGUUGGUGUAUAUAUAAGAAUCUCGAUGUCGGUUCGUGAUAAACACGGGGGCACCUUCCCUAACUGAAAUUGCAUAGCGAUAUGAGGCGCGAUUUGUUUAUGCAAGGGGACAUGAUAACCUGCAUGGAUAUAUUGGUGUUUGUGGUAUGUCUUGUUUGGUCCUGAGUUGGUAACAGUUUGGGGUGACAGGUCUAACUGUCAAUAUGUAUGAGAUGUAAGUAGUGAAGCUUCUAAUGUUCAUCCGGAAGUCGUGAGCCACAGAAUAAGCGAAUAACGCCACUUAUCGGCAGCUGUUUUCACAAGCUAUCGGGCGUUCAUAUUUUUGUGCAAAACUGAAAACUACAUUGAAAUCCCAGUUCGAGUUGAAAUAUAUACAUAAAACGGUCACAGGGGGCAACGCUAUAAGUAAAAGCGAGUCCUGCAUUCCUCACUGUCACAAGGGUUUCCAACAUGCCGCGGGUACAUAAUGUAAAUAUGCGUGAACUUGUGGCCCUAUGUUUUGCAGCAUCCUGAUUCCUGCGAUCUGGGGCUGUCAGCAUAGAGAGUAGACAAAUGACUAAU